AUGGAUGAUUUUCUCAACGGCUUACAAUUUAUAAAACCAAAACUGUUACUUUAUUGUACUGGUUCAGAAUGGACCUAUCAAUCAGCAAAAACGUUAUAUAAAGAGUUGCAAUAUAAGCUCAAAGAACAUUAUAAAUAUUUUCUUCAGAAAAAAAUUGAUAAAACAUAUAUUCCGAUAUACUUAUUCCUUUCAGGUGCUGGCAUGAGCAAAUCAAGAAACGCUGAAGAAUUUCAUAGAACAUCAAUUGAUUGCCUUUCAGAAGAUAAGGAUCUCAAACUGAGAAAAAUAAUUGAGAAUGCUUUUGUAUUCAGCGUUGGCUUUGAGAAUGGAAGUAACUUGAGAAGCAAUGUGAAACAAAGUGUGUACAGAGCUAUUGGUACUCAAAUGCUUAACCAACUACUUUCUGAUCAAAAUUUAGAUCUGAUCAUUUCUAAUUACGAAGCACCGUUACCAUAG